AUGACGGAGGAUAAUUACUGUAGUCUUGGCUUACGUGACUCACCGACAGCACCUCAUAUUGAAUUGGUGCUCUUAGGACCACCAGCGUAUGAAUCUCCAAAUGAAUUCGUACCUCCAUCGAAAUCCACGAAUCUUUUCAUGGUUAUUACUGUAACGCAGCUCAUCUUAGCAGCUCUUCUUUUAUAUUCUGGGAUUUCUUGUGAAAUUUACGCAGGCGGCUACCAUUGUUCAUAUUACUCAAUUAUAUGGAUGUCUUCCUUAUGUUUAUUAAAUUUACCGAUUGGUGUAAUCGCAGCUAUUACUCGUUGCGACAGGCUUCUUUCUGUGCAUAUUUCCUUAUGCGUAGCAGUUAUUGUUGCCGGCAUAGCAACUGGAGUGAUUUCCGUCCUUGACUAUAUAACUAUUGGAACGACUCAAUGGUGCUAUGAAAAUAAUGUUUUUUGUAUAAUUGCAGAACAUGAUCCAAGGAGAAUUUUUCACAUAGGCACUCAUUUUGCGAAGAGCGAUUUCGUGGGAUGCGUAUGGCAGUUCAAAAUAGGAUUGUCAAUUGUCACUUUGUCAAUUUUUGGUGUGAUUUUUAUCGUUUUCUUAAACAUUCUCUCCAUCAUUCUAUCCUCUCAACGAAUCAAACGAUGGUCGAAAUUUCGUCGACGAUGA